AUGAAUAGAGAAAGCCAAUAUGAAGGUAAAAAAGAAUGCAAAGUAGAUGUAAUCUCCAGCAAAAGAAAACAAUUUGAAACUGAACCAACUGUGAUCACAGGUUCAAUUACAGCCAUAAAUUCUAGUCAAACUGAUUCAUAUAUGGAUCUUGAACAAGAUAGUGAUGCUUUUGAAGAUUCGUCAUCAGAUUUUUUGUGUGACAAUAAUGCACAAAGUGACCAAGAUAUAGAUAAUAUCGAAUUCA